UUCCUGACAUCGGUAGUAACAAUAACAGCUCAUAGAAAACAGUUCUUGUUUUGUUCAGUGUAAUACCAAUUGUGCAACGAGAAAAAUCACUGUGAAAAUGCGAUAAUUCUUACUCAAAUCAAGUUCAAAACGUAAUACAAUGCAUCCUUUAUUCAAUUUGUUCUUAUUAUUAUCAACUUUACUUGUUGGAACAUCUACAUUAUCAAUGCCAGGACAAUCAACUUUAAGUGAUACGUUCAAGCAAUGUCUGAUAUCUUACCAGCCUUCAAGUGAUCUGGGGAAAUGUGUGGGAUUAACAGCAAUAAGUCGACUGCAAACUAUAGACAGCAAUCCUGAGUUUGAUUUGGUGGAUGGGCUUACGUUUUCCAGAGAUGCUACUCAGGAAUACAGAGAUGGUACAUAUAAUUAUGCUGAUCAGGAUCCGUCAGAUUUGAGGAGCAUUGUUGGCACUUUUGAUCAUGUAUUUGGGAAGCGGGCUAUGAAAUGGGACAUGAGCUUUAUUUAUCCCGGCCUGACAAUGCGCGUAGCCCCAUCAUUCUCACCUACAGGCAUGCUAGAAUUUGUCUUAGACUCCAAUAGGGAAGCAUUAAAUGUACAUCGAAUUAAAGAAGCAGGAACAGGUAGACUACUUGCAAGGCAAUUUCUGGUUCCCCUGCUGCUUGGUUUUAAAUUCAAUAUAGGCACAUUACUUCCCAUCAUUUUCGGAACUCUAGUUCUAAUUGCCAAAAAAGCUGUGCUUCUAAGUAAAAUUGCCUUGAUUGUUAGUAGUGCUUUGGGACUAGGGUCGCUUUUAUUCAAUUAUGGAAAUAGCUAUGGGGGAGGAACGUCAGAACAGUAUUACCAUAACGGAGCUCAGUACCAUCCGACAACGUUUGGAAGCCACUACAAAGGAGUUUAUAAUGAAGAAUAUAUUCCUCAAGAACAAUUGCAAUACAGAGGCUUGAAUGAUGCUCCCAUGGACCAGUUCAAACUAUAUGGUUCUCUACCAGAUACUUUUGAUAGAUCCAGCGAGGAGAAACAGCAAAAAACUGGCCGAAACUUUGUUUGGAGUGAAGACGAGAAACAUGCAAAAACUGAAACGACCUGAUGUUUAUUUUGUUCUUAA